AUGUCAGAACCGAAAACGAUCAGAGUGACGCUGUCACAGAUAGCCAAAACGAUUGAUCACUCCCUCUUACAUCCGACCAUGACGGAUCAGGAGAUCCAGGCCGGACUGGAAAUUGCACAGAAAUACCAGACAGCCACGGCGUGCGUCAAGCCGUAUGCCAUCGCGCAAGCAAAGAAAGCUCUUGAAGGAUCAGGCGUUGCGGUCUGUCCGGUCAUUGGCUUUCCUGCGGGCAACAGCACUAUCGAAGUAAAGGUCUUUGAGGCAGAGAAGGCCGCCGAGGCAGGGGGCACAGAGAUCGACAUGGUGGUGAACAUCGGCAAAGUGCUCUCCGGCGAUUGGGAGUACGUCACCAAGGAAAUUGGAGCAAUCAAUACGGCAGUGUGCAGGCACGGGGCAAUUCUGAAGGUUAUCUUCGAGAACGACUUUCUGCAAGACGAACACAUCAUCAAGCUUUGUGAAAUCUGCUCGGACCUUGACGUUGCCUUUGUCAAGACAUCAACCGGCUAUGGAUUUGUCAAGCAGCCCAACGGCAUGUACAUGUACAAGGGCGCCACGGUACCUCACUUGAAGCUCAUGAGAAAGCACACCAAACCGGAGAUUCAGAUCAAAGCCGCCGGUGGUGUUCGCACGUUGGACGAUCUGCUCUAUGUCAUGUCCAUUGGCGUCACAAGGAUAGGGGCCACUGCGACCGUUGCGAUUCUGGAGGAAGCGAAGAAGAGAGGAAUAGGCCACGAGCCGGUUGAGGUGGAAGUCAAACCCAUGGCUGGAGCCACCAUCAAUGGCGCAGCCUACUAG